UCAUUUGAUUCAGUUCGCCAUGGCCCAGGAUCUUUUGCCCGUAUACUUUGCCGUCGGGCCUGGUCCCAACGAGAUCACCUGCCCCCACUGCAGCACCAAGGCCAAGACGCGGGUGGUCCGCUCCUGGCUGCGCUUCUGCACGAAGAGGCAUCAUUGCGGCGCCUGUGGCGAGUACUUGGGCGUGUACCGCAGGCCCCAGCUAUAGGGAGAUCAUUCAAAUGUAGCAAACAAUAAAGAGAUCUAUUCAAUGUG